CAAGUGGGCGGGCGCUUUCCUUUAAUAUUGGUGUAUAAAGUAGAAAAAUAGUACUAUUGGUAAAUUGCUGCACCAAAGAAGUGACGGAUUAAUCAAUGAAGCGGGCUGAGUUGAUUAUCGGGAAUAGAUCUUUGUUCAAAACAAUGUUGGUUUGCCUUGUUAACUUGUAAAAGAACACAGAAGAGGCUAUGCUUCUUAAAGCGGAACGCACACAUUAAACGUCCAAAAGUUCGAGUGUCCAGUGUCAUGAAACUUAAUCCACAGCAAGCUCCAUUAUAUGGCGAGUGUCUCCUUACAGUGCAGCUGUGCGAUGAAGAGCACUUUGAGGAAGAGGAGGAUGUAGAGUUCUACCUGCUGUUCUCCGGCACCACGCAGAGGCACCUCACCAGCACUCUGAGGAUCAGCCAUGUCACCCUGCAAGCCAUCUGCCCCGCUCAUGACUGCUGCGAGUCUGUGCGGGUCACGCUGUGCUCCGCCAGGCCGGGCCGGGACGUGGACACGGUGUCGGAGGAGCACUUCCAGUUCGUGCAGGACCUGGCCUUCGACAUGGCGCAGUUCCUGGUGAGCACGGCCGGGCAGGACGACGGGCUGGAGGGAGCCAUGAUGCUGGACGAGUGUCAGAUCCCCCUGCAGGAGUGUGAGCGGCUGGACGAGAGCCUGGCACUGGCCCUGCGCCACCUCACCCUGCCCCAGGGCUGGAGCGUGCUGGGCACCGACCUGGGCAAGAACACAGCUCCAGUUCCCCAGGAGACCCUCCUGCACUUUGCGGCCCGGCGAGGACUCCGACGCGUGGCCAUCUUCCUGCUGCAGCAGCCGGGAGGACACGAGGCCCUGAGGGUCCCCAACAAGCAGGGCGCUGUCCCUGCCAACGUCGCACAGAGGAAGGGCCACUUCCACCUCCAGCAGCUCCUCACUCCGGAGGAGACUACCCCGUGGACGACAACAGAAGCAUCCUUGAAGACCUCGGAAGGGCGUGUGGUCCGGCAUCAUCCGAGACUCAACACCUACACCCUGACUGUGGCCACAACCCCAGGCACCUGCUCGUCUAGCCUGCAGGAAGAUGUGGAGGAGCUGAGGCACUUGAUACGCCGCCAUGCUGAGAAGAAGGGAGCUCCCUUGUUGCAGCCACAGUCUCAGUCUGAACUCCAGGAAUGUGGCGACUGCCUCGAGACUGUGACAGAACAAGCCUGUUUGGACCAGCUACAGCGGGACUCUCUCCACGCCGCAGAGCAGAGGUCUGAGGAAGACGAGGCCCAGCGCGUCGACCAGCCGAGCCAAGCCGGCGGCUGCUGGAAGGAAGCUGGGCCCGCUCCCGGCCCACAUACCUCAGAGCCCCCCUCGGGCGAUGGCUGCGUCGGGGAGAGCGUGCGGCCUUGUAAGAACAGUGACACAGAUUUCCCAGCAGGAGAGGAAGGGGGGGUGGAGCUGUCUUGCUCUCUCACUCCUCUAGGGGACUGUGGAAAAGCGUCAGAUAAAAGUGACACUGCGCAGAGCGGGCAGAGCCUUGGUUUGAGAGUGCCAUCCUGUGGAAAACAGCAGGAGGAAGCCGAUACAGUGGGAGGCGUCAUCAGUGCAGCGCAGGGGGUCGAUAGAGAGAGCCAGGAAGGGGAGAGAGGCGAGGAGCGGGUGGCUGACAGAGCUCCCACAGAAGCAGACAUGGGGCAGGCACCGUCCCAGGAGCGCCUCGAGGGGGCGGACGAAUACAAGGUGGGGCACGAGCGCACUCAGGAAGCGGAACAGGAGGGAGAGAAAGCGCCGGAAGCCCUGAGCGGCGGGGGAAGGGAGGGUGAGUUUGAGAGUGAGGAGCCACUUUUUGGCACAGUCUUUACAGAAAACGGCGAAAAGAUGCAGGACGUCAAGGCCGGUCCUGAGUCUCUGUGCGACGCGUCUCCCCAACCGAUUCCCCGCGAGACGGGACCGAAAUCAGACUCUGAAUUGAUUCAGGAAACACUUGAGGUGGAUUGUUCUUUAGAAAAUGAGCAAGCUGUCAGCGAGGAGAAUAGCUUUGAGACUCCACCGCACAACGUUCAUUGUGGCGAGUCUCAUUCCGACUCUGUAACAGAAACAGGAAGUGUGAGCGAUGGAGCCAAAAACAGUGCUGAGUCGCUGCUUAUCGCGGAGGCAGAGCCUUCAUGGUUAGAAAGAGCAGAGGAACGUCUCGUCCCAGCGCAGCAGGAGGAGAGCAGCUCCAUGGAUGUGGGUUCUCCCAAGCCCGAUACGGUGCCCCCUGCUGACGACCAGCCCACCUAUACCGCGCAGGGUUCGGAGGAGCCCGGGGACUCCAAGGCAGAGCCUAUACUCCACACGGAGUUGACCACUGCAGACACAUGCCAGCAGGAGAGUCAGAGCUCUGCUUUCCAGAGUCAUACAGAAUCCACAGAAUCACCAGCCUCUCAAAAUGGCAUCACUUCCUCCUCCUGUUCCCAAGAGGCUGGUUCAUCCACUGAAGAAGGAGCUGGAGCGGGUGAUGUAAGUUUGGGGGAACUUGUGCCCUCUAGUGAGGAGGAUCCCCACCUGUCUGUCAGCUGCUCCAUAGCUGAGCCCUCCCCCUUGCCUGAGGUCACCACGCUAACACCGCCCACUCAGGAAGUCCACUCUCUGGGACAGGAGAACGGAGCUGUGACCUCAGAAAUGGAUGAAUCCAUCACCCAGUCCCACUCCGAUGGAACCGGCCCGGCCCAGCAGGAGGAAGAGGGUGGAGAUGCUCAGAUACCAUCCAAUACCGAGCCCAACCCCCCAUCAUCACCACAUGAGGACAUGAUGGUGGUUUUACAACCAGACUCUUCUCCAGGGUUGCCCAGCGCGGAGCCUGAGAGUGAUGGACCCCUGAGGGCCCCUCUGGGCCAGGGUGAGGAGACACAGGAGAGUGAGGGGUCUGGACCCAAACCGGAAACUCAGGACCAUGUCCUGGGAUCUAACUGCUCUGAUCCACAACCAGCCACGCCCUCCAGCAUACUGGAAGCUGUGAUUCACAAAGAAGAACCACCCCUUCCAGAAACACACACAGAGGAGAAGGAGGUGGUGGAAUGGACACAUGAGGAGAAAGGUGAUGGUCAGUAUGCACAGGAACACGGUCCUGAGGUCCCGGAGUCUGGGGUGACCGCUGAGGUUGUUUCGGUGAACGGAGGGGACUCGGGAUCGGAGAGUCUCCCAACAACACUGGAAGAGUCCACAGAGGACACCCUGGAGCAGACAGCGGUCUCGCCAAGCCAGGAGGGUAUGAUCGAGAGUGCGGAGGGUACAGGCGGCAAUCUCACCUCAGGUGAGAUCAUUGCUUCCUCUGUGGGCCAUGACGACAGCACGGAGGAUGAUAUCACUGUUUUCGUGAGGACUCUGGAAACAACCCCUGAGGAGCCUGACCUGCAGAGCCCGGCUGCACCUGUAAACUUUGACCUCAUGAACCCUGACAUGGCUGGGGUCAUCUCCCCCAAGGAUCCCACCCACAACUUGACCCCAGGGCUGGAAAGAGUCGAGGAAGAGUCUGAGGAAACAGGGGAGAGUAAGAGUACGAGUGAAGAACUGUCUGAUAUGAGAGAGGAAACGGAGGCCCUUCCAGCCAGAGACGUUGUCGAUGGUCGGAGAGAAUCAGCAUCCGGAGAGCCCACAGACACAGGGGACAAGAUCAACAGGGAGAAGGACACGUUCUACUCCAUCGACCCCUGCGGAGCUCCAAAUCUUCUGGAGCAGAAACCCAUUCCAGAGUGCCCUGAAUUCCCUUUGUCUCCGACCGCUGGCAGAUCCGUGUCCAGCACCCUGAGUGACGCCGAUGGCUUCUUCAUCGCGGACACGGGCGAGGACAGCGUGUUCAGGAAGGCAGAGGAGCCAGUGACGGGGGACAGCACCAGCGAGGUGUCCGUGUCCUGUUCCUCCACGGACGACACUGCCAGCCUGGGCCCGCCCAGCUGCACCCCCGACAGCUGCGUGGAGGCAGGCCGGAGGUGGAGCGCCGAGGAGGCGCGGCCGCUGGGCGCUGCAGGAGGGGGGGAGGCCGAGGAGGAGAAGGACCGGCUGACGGAGGUGCCUGUGCGCUCCGGCCUCCUCCGCUCCUCCGGUCGGUCCCUCUCUCCGUUCCGCAGACACAGCUGGGGUCCGGGCAAGAACCCCGCGGGAGAGGCCGAGAUGAACCAACGCAGUUCAUUGAGAAGUCUGGGGGAAGGGAAGCCCACCUAUCAUAGGAGAAGUAUGAGCUGGUGUCCCUCGGAAGUCCCCCCCAGUCCUGACCCGGAUGAGAUUAGUAGCAGAAGCUACAGUCUGGAGGGCCUGACAGCGGACCGCCCGGGCGGGAAGGAGUCCCCCCCUCAGAGGGCAUCGCCGCGGGAUCCCCGGAGGAUUCCGCGACAGGAGAGCGAGGAGAGGGGCUCCCUGGUGUCCCUCACCGAGGAGGAGCAGGAGUCCGACCUGGGGGAGUGCAGCAGCCUGGACAGCCAGAUAUCUGGAGGAUUCCGCUCUGUCAGGCACAGCAGCCAGUCCAUGACCCUGCCCCUGACUAAAUCAGUGUCCAUGCUGACCAUCAGCCAGAAGGAACUGGACGCGAUGGGCCGACCUCGACCAAAGAGACGAAUCUCCUUCUCCUUCAGCAUCUCUCCGAUCCUCCCCAAAUCUAAAACUGUCUUUUCUAUUGGCUCUUCAUCCAGUGAUGAGGAGGAGGAGGCUUGCAAGAGAUCAUUCUCCGGUUCCUUGGGAAACAGUAUUUCUGAAGAGGACCCCGGCCCCCUAAGGAGCGACUGUGAGGGGAAGGGGGUGUCAAGGGGAGUGAGCCGAACCUUCAGCUACCUCAGGAGCAAGAUGUACAAAAAGACCAAGGAAAAAGACAAAGACAGGAGCAAGGAUAAAGAGGCCAAGGAGAGAGAGAAACGGACCUUGAAUGGACAUCUUUUCAGCCCCGUAAACCCCACCUUCCUGGUUCCGUGCUACCAGUGCAACAAAGCAAUCAACACUAAGGACGCCUCCUACUGCACAAACUGUUAUGCACAUGUUCAUAAGGGCUGUAAAGAUAUCCUACCUGUUUGUGCCAAGGUCAAAAUGAAGCAGCAGAAACAGCAGGCUGUAGUAACUGACUCUGCUACAAUGCCUGCCGUCACUUUGAGAAGCAAAUCCACGCCAUCACGAGAGCGGCCUUGGUCGGCCAUGUCGGUUCCUGACGACCCCGCCUUGUCAAUGGGGCCUCGCAGGCACACCAGCAUAAUGGCCUUCAACAGCAGCAACCUGUCCAAGAGCAUGUCAAUCAGCAACAUCGCAGGCCCGGUGUUUGACGAGAUGCCACUGAAGAGCCUGAGGUACCUCUCCCAGUCCACCGAUUCGCUGCAUAAGACCAGUAAAGUCAACGAGUCGACCGAGUCCCUGACUGACGAAGGCACAGAGAUGAUGGACAGUCAGCUGAUGGGCGAGUUUGAGGCUGAUUCCAAGGAGCUGGAGGCGGAUUCCUGGAGCCUCACCCAGGACAAAAAGUUCCUAAAGCAACUCAAAAAGGACAUCAUCAAGAGACAGGAUGUCAUCUAUGAGCUGAUCCAGACGGAGAUGCACCAUGUACGCACGCUGAAGAUCAUGGCCGACGUGUACAGCAAGGGGCUCCUGAAGGAGAUGCAGCUGGAGGCCAAGACGGUGGAGCAGGUGUUCCCCGUCCUGGAUGACCUCCUGGACCUCCACACCAGCUUCUUCAGCCACAUGCUGGAGAGGAGGAGGGGGGCCCAGCAGGAGGGGAAGGACGGGGGCUUCGUCAUCCGCAAGAUAGGCGACGUGCUGCUCACGCAGUUCUCAGGCUCCAACGCGGAGCGCAUGAAGAAGGUCUACGGAAAAUUCUGCAGCCGCCAUAACGAGGCAGUCAACGUCUACAAGGACCUGCACACCAGAGACAAGCGCUUCCAGGCUUUCAUUAAGAAAAAGAUGAGCAGCACUAUUGUUCGAAGGCUAGGCAUCCCGGAAUGUAUAUUAAUGGUGACGCAGCGGAUAACCAAGUAUCCUGUAAUCCUGCAAAGGAUCCUGCAGCACACCAAAGAGAACGAGGAGGACCACCGGGGCGUGUCGGAGGCUCUGCGGCUGGUGAAGGAGCUGAUCACGGCCGUGGACAGCAAGGUGAACGAGCACGAGAAGAAGCGGCGUCUGAAGGAGGUGUACAGCCGCACCGACAGCAAGUCCAUCAUGCGCAUGAAGAGCGGGCAGAUGUUCGCGCGCGAGGACCUGGUGCGCGGCCGGAAGCUGCUCCACGACGGCACGCUGCAGCUGAAGAACGCCACGGGCCGGCUGAAGGAGGUCCAGGCUCUACUCCUGUCAGACAUAUUUGUGUUUCUUCAGGAAAAAGACCAGAAAUAUGUAUUCGCAUCACUGGACCAGCGCUCCACGGUCAUCUCCCUGCAGAAGCUGAUCGUGCGGGAGGUGGCUAACGAGGAGAAGGGCCUGUUCCUCAUCACGGCCGGCAUCGCGCAGCCCGAGAUGGUGGAGGUGCACGCCAGCUCCAAGGAGGAGCGCAAUACCUGGAUGCAACUCAUACAGGAUGCCAUGCAGUCCAUAGAUAAGGACGAGGACGAGGGCAUUCCCAGCGAGACUGAGGAAGACAAAAGGCUGCUGGAGACCAAAGCCAAGGAGAUGAGAGACCGGCUGCAGAAGAAGGACGAGCAGAUCGUGGCGCUCCUGGAGGAGAAGGUGAAGCUGUUCAGGGACAUGUGCGACUGUGGGCCAGCGGAGGAGGCUAGCCCCAUGUCCCGCACGCUGUUCAGGGCCAGCGCACACGACAUGCCCAAGGGCGAGCCCAUCAUUAAGGACGCGCUGAAGGAGGUGGAGACGCUGCAGACGCUGGUGAAUGGCAGUUUGGGCGGGGCCAUGGGGCAGUUGGAGACGGCCAGCGGAGGGGUGGGGCCCGUAUGUCUGCCUCGGAGGGCCGAGACCUUUGGGGGCUUUGACAGCCACCAGAUGAACAUCUCCAAGAACGGGGAGAAAGACGAGGGAGAGGAUUCGGCUGACCUCCGGAGGACGGAGUCGGACAGCGUGUUAAAGAAGGGCGGGAACGCUAACCUGCUGCUGCUGCUCAAGAGGAACAGCGAGCAAGUUCUGCACAGUGUCACCCACCUCCAUGACCUGCUGAACACGUUGCAGGCGGUGGUGGUGCAGCAGGACAGCUUCAUCGAGGACCAGCGGCAGGCCCUGAGCGAGCGCCCCCCAUCCCGGCCCCCCUCGCGGCCCAGCUCCCUGAUCGAGCAGGAGAAGCAGCGCAGCCUGGAGAAGCAGCGGCAGGAGGCCGCCAACCUGCAGCGGCAACAGGCCGCCCACGCCGAGGAGCGCAGGAGGCGCGAGAGGGAGUGGGAGGCGCGCGAGCACUCGCUGGGAGACAGGGAGGCGCUGCUGGUCACCGAGGAAGAGGAGGCGCACAGGAGGCGCAGGGAGCUGGAGGAGGAGCGGCAGGAGCUGCAGAGCCGGAAGGAGGAGUACCAGAGGGACCUGGAGAGGCUGAGGGACGCACAGAAGAGGCUGGAGAGGGACAGGGAGCAGGUCCGGCGGGAGCUGGAGCGGAUGGAGCAGAACAGGCUGACCGAGGAGAAAGGGAUGUGCAGGACUCCGUCCACCACCUCAGAGGACUCGUUGCUCUUUCAGAGCAGUAGCUCGUUGGACAGAGACAUGGGGGAGUGUGAACUGUCCUCGUCCCCCAGGAAAGACUCACUGAUCAGGCUGAACUCAAAGCGCAAAGGGAAGAACUUUGGCCCCUUCACCUCCAGCGCAAGCCAAAAGGCCCAGAGCGGCGAGGCCCAGAACCAGCUGCCCAACCGGCUGAUGCAGCUGGCCAAGACCAAGGACAAAAAGGAGAAGAAGAAGAAGAAGGGGAAAGGACAGCAGGCACAGGGGCCAGAGUCGUCGCACCUUCCUGUCUCAGAUCAACCUCUGGACGGAGAGAUCUUCUUCUGCUGACCCGCUUCUGUCCUCCGCUACCCCACAAAGCUCCACUGUCCAGAACAAAUGCACCAGCUGAAUGUAAGGUUGAGCGCGUGUCGCUGUGGAGCCGGCUCCCGGGGCCAGGGAGGGCACGGAGCGGGAGUGAAGCCCCAGUCACCUGACCUCCCGUGGCCCCUGGGAGACCUUGUCACCUGUGGACUCUUCCAACACCACACCGCUCUGGAAUGCCUGUGUUAUUCCCCCAUAAGCUUGCUCUGAAGAGGUUUAAACCAACAAAGACAUUUCUGUUCUGUACAUUCUGUUCUGCCAAGGUGAACACAUCGCCGCACAUGGCACGAAACUAGGGUAGAGAAAGAGUACUUACGCUGAUCGAAGGAUUCUGGGGUUAUGCGGUUCAUGAAGUAAAACGAAACAAUAUUGUGAGUAAGGGAGGGUUUACAGAACCCCUUAGCUCAUAGCUAUAACAGCCAGGACUGUAAUGUCAUACUGCUGUGUGGAAUAAUGGGUGAAAUGUUUUAUUUCACACCAUAUUGUUUCACAAAUGAAGAUGCUAACUGUAAGCAUGGUAUUCGAAGAGUAUACACGCUUCCUGAAUGCAGUUGUUAGAGUGACCGAUCCUUCUGAAAGGCCUGUUCCCUGCCUGUGGCUGUGACUUCAUACUUUGCAUUUUUCUUACUUCCCAAGAGGAGUUUAAAUACAAUGUUUUCAGAUUAUUAUUUUUUUUUUUUCACCAGUUAGUUAAAAGUUGGUUCCUCCAAGGGUUAAAGGUCAUUGCUCUUUAUACUUCUGCUACUGUAUGCAGUACAGAGAGAGGCUUUCGCAAAAGGCACAUCUCCAUUACACGCACACGCACGCACACACACACACACACACACACACACACUCACACAAACAGCUGCAGGGACAGAGACCGAGAUGAAGAAAGAGAGACGGAGAGAUAGUGAAAGGUAGAAUAGAACGUGACAGAGAAAGGCAUGUGCUUGAUUAUUUUGCUGUGCGGUACACAAAGCAACUACACAGGUUAAAGUGAGCUAGAGUUCCAUUACAGACAUUCGGAGAGAGGCAGGGAUACAGACAGCCAUGCAGAAAGAGACGGACAUACAGACACAGCCAGAGGGACAGGGAUUGACAGAGAUGCUACACACGGGGGGCUAGUUUAGUCUAAAAUGGAGGGCAGUGCCGCACACAGAAUGGGAGCCCAGAGGUUCAGAUGCCUGUGCUAGUCACGGGAGCCUCAGUUGUGAGUCCUGUACAGAGCAGCGUUCCUAACCCUUCAACCUUGUGUUUUUUUAAGUUUGUGUCUGAAGUUAAUUACUUCCUCGUAGCACAAUUAACAGUUGAAUGUUAUAUCCAUCUGUUGAAAAUGAUGGAAGUUUGAAAGCAGAGACGGCAUUUAGGAACACAUGCAUGUUUCCCCCUCUCCUUCAGUUAGUAUAAAAUCUUUCUACUGCAAUCAUCUCAACACAAAUUUAACAUGGUUUGAUGCUGCAGAGCACUUUAAAAGGACACUCUGUUACAAAUGAUGCUAAUUCUUGCUUUAAUAUAGACAAUCAGCUAAUUAGAUUUGAGUGUAAUAAUGAUCUUUCUUUUAAAGGGGGGCUGUGAAUUGAAAUGGAGUAACAGUUAUUUUGUAUCAUGUGAAUCUUUUUUUCACAAAUAUAUUUGAUCCAAACACACAUUUCAAUUUGGAUUGAUUUAGUUUGCCUGGUACUUUGAGCGGUACAAUUAUUUUUGCCAUUGCAUUAUGUGCAAUGCUGAAAGCUAACACUUGGGGGCAGCACAACUCAACACAACUCAACAACAACUAAGGAAUAACAAUGUUGUGUUUUAUUCCAGUUUCAAGGUGAACUAUAAACUACUCAAAUUAUCAAAAUUUCAAAUGUCUUUUGUGAGGAUUUUAUUUCAAAUGUAUCUUUUUCAUACUGCUAAAUUCUCACUGAACAAAGACAAAAAAGAUGGAUCAGACCUUGAAAUACAGACACCCAGCUGUUUACCCAAAUCAGUUUACUGUCCUCAGUCAUUAGUGUUCAUUCUGAACUAAUGGUAACUGUUCAUCAAAGAAACAUUGACAUUAAUGCACUUUUCCAAACUGUUCUGUUUUUUUCUGAAAUCAUAAAGUUUAUUUUAUGUCCCUGGAUUUUGCAGAUUCACCUUUUUUUAAUUUUUGGGGGGAUUUUUACUGUGUUUUACUGCAUAAUUCUUUGAUGGUAAAAGCCCAUUUGGCCAGUAUUUCAGCUGAGUCAUUUGUUCUGUUAAAAGAAUGGAAUUAAAGCGCAGCGUGUCAUGCCCUCAGCCUGAAAUGUGGUGCUAACUACAAUCCCAGUUGUUUGCCUUGGUUAAUGUUCAGUCAUUCUGCCUUGUUCGAUCCCCCAGAGGGUUCAGUUCUCCCUUCGAAUUCCCUCCACUCCCACAGUGACAUAACAAUCAAAGGGAAUCUCUGCAUUCUCUCCAUGGGGAAUACAUAGCGCUGUUAUUCCUAUAUGUAUUCAGAGAUCAGCACAUGUACUAGGAAAGAGAACCUGCAAAGUCUUCCUGCAUUUGUAACUCAACAAAGAGAAAAGUACAGGUGAAGAUUGUCAUGAUACAUUAUGACCGGAUAUGAAACGAAGAUAAAAUAUGUUUUGCCUUAAUAACGUGUUGUCCUGGGCCUGCCACCCACAUGCCCAAUAGCUUUUGAACCCUUAGUCUUAAAGGCCAAUCUGUAAAAAUAUGCCUGAAGAAGAAUCUCUUUCACGUGUAAAGAUGAGUUUAGCAUUUAUUUGUCACACAGUUGUAUUCUUAAAAAUACAAUGAAGAAAAAAGCAAAUGGACCUUACGUAGCCUUAUUCUAAUGAUGAAAUGCACUAGACCAUUAGCCAGCUCUUCUCAGGAUCUCUCACUAGGUUUUAUACCUCUGCUUUCAAAGUAAAGAAUUUGUUUGUACUAUGGGUACAGUUUUAUUUUCUUGCUGAUUUCUGUAUAAAAAAGGGCAAAACAACUAUUAUGUAAAUAUCAUUCAUGUAAAAAUUUGAAUUGUAAAAGUAUUAAUUUUUUUGUGAUUCGUUUCAGCUUUUUAUAUAAUGAGGCGUUAUUUAUCUGUGCUCUCCCCGUUGUGGAGGUAUAAAAUGUAAAGUCAUUUUUCCCCCCCUCAUAAUAAAUAACUAUUAUUGAAAGUCA